AGUCGGACGUGCACGGCUAGCGGACGUGUGGCGAACGCGCGGCUCGCCAACCGACCGUGCGAUCAGAUUUGACGACGUAGCGCGUUAUUCCUGGGGUUUCGCGAAGGUCUCCGGGCGCCGUGUUCGUGAAAGGACCAGCCCUCGCACGCCGAGGGAUACGAACCGAAACGCGGUCGACGCGAGACUCUUAACGCGCCUCAGGUCGAACCUGACGAAGGAAAUCUGAGGAAAAAGAAGAAGAAGAAGCGGGACCACGUCUGGGAUCGAUGAUUGACAUCGACGACGUGGCUCAUCAAGAUUCGCGACUAAUGACGCCUCGAUCCGCGUCGGUGGCUUCGUUCGUGAGACGUCACGUUUAAAUGUAAUUCAGAUGCUCAUUGAUCCACGAGGGACUGAGAGCGAUCGAGAUCCGGCACGAGGGAUUUUCGUUCGAGCGGCUGAUAGCUUCCGUUCGAUCCUCGUCGCGAGCAUUCGCCGGAUUUCCGAACGAUAGAAUGUGCAGCUGAUCGGUAUGACGGGCCAAUCGCUGGUGAUCAUAUGCUGCUACUUAUACAUCCUGCUUGACACGGCCGCACCGCACUUCUCAAAGCUAGACUUUGAUGAAUACAGGAAGAAGGAGGCCUCGUUGUCGUUGAAGGACAUUCUACCUUUGAAUCCGAAGCAGUAUGACAAGCACAGAGCACCGAAAUUCCUCGGGCAGCCCACCAUCGUUUAUUUUCACGUGACAGUGCUCAGCCUAGACUCAAUAAAUGAGGAAUCGAUGACGUACGUGGCGGACAUAUUUCUCGCGCAAAGCUGGCGGGACUCUCGGCUGAGGCUGCCGGAGAACAUGUCCGAGGAUUACAGGAUACUCGACGUGGAUUGGCUGCACAAUAUCUGGAGGCCCGACUGCUUCUUCAAGAACGCUAAGAAGGUCACCUUCCACGAGAUGUCGAUACCGAACCAUUACCUCUGGCUUUAUCACGACAAGACGCUGCUCUACAUGUCCAAAUUGACACUGGUGCUUUCCUGCGCGAUGAAGUUCGAAUCCUACCCUCAUGACACUCAGAUCUGCUCGAUGAUGAUCGAGAGCCUUUCGCACACGACUCAGGACCUGAUAUUCCUGUGGAAUACGACGGACCCCUUGGUGGUUAAUCCGGAGAUCGAGCUGCCGCAGCUCGACAUAUCGAACAACUACACCACCGACUGUACGAUCGAAUACUCGACAGGAAACUUCACGUGCAUACAGAUUGUCUUCAAUCUGCGCCGGAGACUGGGCUAUCACCUGUUCCACACGUACAUCCCGUCCGCCCUGAUCGUCGUCAUGUCCUGGAUCGCCUUCUGGAUCAAGCCGGAAGCCAUCCCGGCGCGGGUCACUCUCGGCGUGACGUCACUGCUGACCCUCGCCACACAGAACACGCAGUCCCAGCAAUCUCUGCCACCGGUGUCGUACGUGAAGGCGAUCGACGUAUGGAUGUCCUCGUGCAGCGUGUUCGUCUUCCUUUCCUUGAUGGAAUUCGCAGUGGUGAACAACUACAUGGGACCAGUCGCCACAAAGGCCAUGAAAGGCUACUCGGAUGAGGAUCUUCGAGAGGCCAUCGACGACUUCAAGACGCCGAUGAGGCCAGACGCCGAGAGAAACAGAAGUCCGAACAGGCCGCCGACGGUGCAGUACGAGCAAUGUUGUCGAGGACGCGCCACAGCCAUUUACAUCGACAAGAUCUCCCGAUUCUUCUUCCCGUUCUCGUUCUUCAUCCUCAACGUCGUCUACUGGAGCACCUUCCUGUAACGCAAGUCGGCGAGCGAGACGCACGCCCCUGACUCGAAAAAACCCACCAUUUUUUUAGAGUUCGAUUCACGAGAAAGCAAAGUGUCGCGAGGGGCACAGCAAUAAAUGCGCCGAGACGCGAGAUAGGCCGAAGGUGUUUGUGUAUCCUGUAAAAUAUAUUAUGUGUAAAAUACGGCACAAUAAAAGAGUUUAGUAAAACUGGGAUUAAAUGCACGCGUUUUUAUAUCGAGAAUAUGUCACGGGACUCGCCAGCAUGUAUAGGUAGCUUAUAUUCAAAAUGUAUGGAAAUAUAUAGGUUGGCAAAAUGUGGCAAGUCGAAGCGAUCGGUGUUCGCGUGGUUGUUACAUGAUACACUAAAAAAAAGAACAUUCUCAUAAUAAAUUGUGAGAAAUACUUAGAAAUAAAUGUCACUGAUACGAGAUGUAAAAAAUUCUUUUUUAUUUUUAUACUAACCGAUUUAAUUUUUAAUUCAAUUUAUUCAACACACGUCCCGCAUUUUAGUCAAGAUGAUGUUCUGUAAAAAAUAUAUUAUUAACACAGUGUAACUUAUUGUACGUGAUAUAAGUAAACAAUUCUAUUUUUUUAUGAAAUUUAUUACUAAUUUGGUUUAUGGUGUGUACAUAAAAAGUAUCAAGACAUAUGAGAACCGAUAUUAGCUUAUUAGAAGAAUAAUAUAGUAUAGAUAUUCUUAAGCUAUGAACUCAACUUUUACUAAUUUACUAAUGUUUGCAUACUAAUUUACUAUGAAGAAUAUGAGCCUUUAAUAUAAGUUCGAUUUUACUCAUAUAACAAUUCUUUUGAUUUACUUCAAUUUCCGGAACUAUUAAGUCGGUAUUUGAUAAAAAAGAUUGUAUGCUUUAUACAUUUUAUCAUAUUUCAUCAUAUUUCAGAAACAUAUUUCAGAAACAUUAUCAUGUUUCAUCAUAUUUUAUACAUUUUAUCAUAUUUCAGAAACUAUAUUUUUGGUUUGCAAGAAGAAAAAUUUUUUCCCAUGAAAAUAGGUUCUUCGCAUCACUG